CCAAGCAUCUCAAAGGCCUAAACUCUCCCCUAUCCCCCUAUCCCCCCGCCCGCGCCCGCGCCCCGUUCCCUUUCCACCGUCCCGUCUCGUCUGCUCAUCAUCGGCCGGCCGCCAUGUCGUGCGACGGCGACGAGGAAGAGCGCCCCGUCGGCGGUGUUACCCCGACGCUGCCGCCUCCGGUGAAAGUGAAAAGCGAAUCCCCCGACGAGGUCGAUUUGAAGAUGGGGCCAUUCUAUGCCGACUCCGACGAGGUGAUUGUGAAGGUCGAGGCCCACGGUGAGGUCGAGGUCAAGAGGGAGCGAAUCCAUGCCGACCAUGGCGAGGUGAAGGUUGAAGCCGCCGGCGAGGUCGAGGUAAAGAGGGAGCCAACCGAUGCGGACUCCGACAAGGUGAAGCUUGAAUCUCCCGCCGUGGUCGAGGCCAAGAUCAAGAGGGAGCCAAUCGAUGCCGACAUCAAGCAUGGCUGGGUCAAGAAGGAGGAGCAACCCGACGAGAUCAAGGUCCCGGUCAAGGAGGAACAAGGCAAAACUGCGUCGCCGCGUCAUGUAAAGAAGGAGGAAGAGGAGGAGGACUCUAGUGAAGACGAGGUGGAGAUCAUUGACCCCCCGCCGAAAUCCAAGAAGAGAAACCGCGGAGAUGACGACGAUGUAGUCUUCAUCGAUCUCACGACGUCCCGCCCGGCGCCUUACCUGAACCCAAGGCCCAUCCGGGCAAUGCCGCCGCCGGGGGCCACGCCAUUGAGCGACUGGAAGAUGGUUGUGGCGCCGCAGCCGGCGGAGAUGGACGAGUACCCACCGGACCACCGCGAAUGGGUCUUCUUCACGAAGUCCUAUUCCACCGGGCUGUCGACUUGUCGCCGGAGGAAGUGGCUGGACGCCGGCGAGGUCGUCCACUUCGCCUUCCCUUCGCACGAAAGCAGGAUCAGGGUGCCGUACAGGCAGGCGGUGGCGCUGUCAGAGAUCGUGCGCUUCUCGACAAACCGAUCUGGAGAGAUCGGGAAGCUGUCUCCCGAGUGGGCGAGGUGCCUUGCCCCGCUGGUGAGUUCUUCCAAGGUUAUGAUCCAGGGGAAGAUGGUGUUUCCGAUGAUGGAGCUCAGGCUGAUGCAGGAGGUGUUGCUCUAUGUCAGCUGGCUUCUCUGCAGCAGCAAGAAGCAAGCAAGCGAUUUGGCAUGGUGCUACGCGUCGGUCCAACCAAUGGCGGAUCCUAAUUAUCAGCUGGGUCACGGGCCGUCGGAUCCAGUGCUGUACCUAGAAUCGUUACAUUGGGGUGCCAAAAGCACACCACAACCUUGCAACACCCGAAUGGCGACCAUGCCGGUAGCUUGUGUCAUGCACGACAAUGCUGUCUUUGGCUUGCAACAAAUAAACAAUUGGAGCCCUUUCAACAAUAGCAUGGGAGAGGGGCCUCACAACCCCUAUUUCAUGGGAUCCUUGACAAAGGAUGGGAGAAGGAGCUGGGCGAAGGGGCAGGGAAAGGAGGACACCCUUGGGGACUGCAGCUCUGUGUGCUGCGUAUCAGAGGAGCCAGAUUGGGUGGAUCAUGCAGGCGGGGAGACGAAGGAGUGGUAG